CCCGCCCCUGCGGCGGACUACAUUUCCCACGAGCACCAGCGCAGUUUCCUUCCGGUUUCCUUUCCGCUGUCUGCUCCGAGAGACUCUGCAGUUCUCCAACAAAGAAAUAUUGAAGAGGACUGACCAGUUCUUGGUGUUCUAAAACCAUGGCUGAUGGUUCAGUGACAUUUAGAGAUGUGGCUGUAGACUUCUCACAGGAAGAAUGGGAAUUCCUGGAUUCUGCUCAGAGGGACUUAUAUAGAGAUGUAAUGUGGGAGAACUAUAGCAACUUCAUCUCACUAGCAGGAGCUUCUAUUUCUAAACCAGAUGUGAUUACCAUAUUGGAUGAAGAAGGGAAGGAACCUGGGAUGGUUGUGAAGGAAGGGACAAGAACCCACAGCCCUGAUUUGGAGUCCAGAUGCAGGACCAAUACCCAGUCUCCAGAGAAGGACAUUUAUGAAAUAUAUUCAUUACAGUGGGAGAUAAUGGAAAGAAUUAAAAGCUGUAGCCUUCAGGGCUCUAUUUUUAAAAAUAACUGGGAAUGCAAAAGCAAGAUUGAGGGCCAAAAAGAACCACAAGAUGGGUAUUUUGGGCAGGUGAAAAUUGGCUCUGAAAAAGUGACCACUUACAAAAAGCAAAAUUUUCUUACAGAUUAUCAGAGAGUUCACAAUGGAGAAAAGUUAUAUGAAUGUAAGGAAUGUAGGAAGACUUUUAUUCGUCGCUCAACACUUAGUCAACAUCUAAGAAUUCAUACUGGUGAGAAACCUUAUAAAUGUAAGGAAUGUGGACAGGCCUUUAGGCAGCGUGCACACCUUAUUCGACAUCACAAACUUCAUACGGGUGAGAAACCCUAUGAAUGUAAGGACUGUGGCAAGGCCUUUACAGUGCUCCAAGAACUUACUCAACAUCAGAGGCUUCAUACUGGUGAAAAACCUUAUGAAUGCAAGGAAUGUGGAAAGGCUUUUAGAGUGCAUCAGCAGCUGGCUCGGCAUCAGAGAAUCCACACUGGUGAGAAGCCCUACGAGUGUAAGGACUGUGGGAAGACCUUUAGACAGUGUACACACCUUACUCGACACCAGAGACUUCAUACUUCUGAGAAGCUCUAUGAAUGUAAGGAAUGUGGGAAGGCCUUUGUAUGUGGCCCAGACCUUAGAGUACAUCAGAAAAUUCAUUUUGGUGAGAAACCCUAUGCAUGUAAGGAAUGUGGAAAGGCUUUUAGAAUAUGCCAACAGCUUACUGUCCAUCAGAGUAUUCAUACUGGUGAGAAACCCUUUGACUGUAAGGAAUGUGGGAAGACUUUCAGAUUAAGACAACAGCUUGUUCGCCAUCAGAGAAUUCAUACUCGUGAGAAACCCUAUGAAUGUAUGGAAUGCUGGAAGACCUUUAGUAGUUACUCACAACUUAUUUCACAUCAGAGCAUUCAUAUUGGUGAGAGACCGUAUGAAUGUGAAGAAUGUGGGAAAGCCUUCAGACUGCUCUCACAGCUUACUCAACAUCAAAGUAUUCACACUGGGGAGAAACCUUAUGAAUGUAAGGAAUGUAGAAAACCUUUCAGACUGCUCUCACAACUUACACAGCAUCAGAGUAUACACACUGGUGAGAAACCUUAUGAAUGUAAGGAAUGUGGGAAGGCUUUUAGACUUUAUUCAUUUCUUACUCAACACCAGAGAAUUCAUACUGGUGAAAAACCCUACAAAUGUAAGGAAUGUAAGAAGGCCUUUAGACAGCAUUCACACCUUACUCAACAUCAGAAGAUUCAUAACGGAAUUUAAUACAGAAAAGCCUUCAGAUGUACAUUGUCUUACAAAACACUAUCAAAUCCAUUUUUGAUAAAAUUUGUUUCAUGCUUACAACUAAGAAUAAGAAAUUUUAUAUUGGAGAAAGAAUAUGUUGCUUUAAAAGCCUCCUUUCAUCAUUAAAACAUUGUUUAUCUUCAUCAGAUUCCAUUGAGAGAAUAAUGUCAUGAAUGUUGGAAAAUAUUUAUCCUUACCUGUCAAUGUUUUCUUUUACUACUUUAUUAUUAUUGUGAUAUUAGACAAGAUGUUAUCAUUUUGUGCAUUUUGUUCACUUGUAAAAUAGUGAUAUUAGUACAAUAGUUGUAUUAUUUAUUGCUGUGUAAUAAAUCACCACAAAAACUUAUUUGUAGCUUAAAAAAAUACAUCUUUGUUAUCUCAUGAUUUCUCUGUAUCAGGAAAAUAGGCAUGACUUAGUUGGGUCUUUGUAGUCACAAGGUUAGCUAUGACUGGCCAGUCAUCUGAAGGUUUGACUAGGGAAGGAUCUAUCCAAGCUAACAGGGUGGAUGCCCAAAUUCCUUUCUCUUGGGCUGUUGCGUUGUGAUUUUCAGUCUCUAGCAGGCUGUUGGCUGAAGGUUGUCUGCAUUUCCUUUGCCACACUGACCUCUUCAAUAUGACUGCUUGCUUCAUCAAAGUAUGUAAGCCAAGAAGGUGGUUGCCAGGAAGAUGGAAGUCUGCUAACAAGGAAGUUGUAAUCUUGUAUAAUCUAAUCAUGGAAAUUACAUUCCUACUACCUUUGCUACCUUCUACUGGUUAGAAGUAAAUUACUAGAUUAGCCACUUCUCACAAGAAGGGGACUGAACAAGAAUACCAAGAGACAGUGACCAUUAGUGGCCAGUUUAGAGUCAGCUUGCCAUGCUGUGUAAUAGAAUUGUUGUGAGGAUGAAGUAGUUAAUACUUAGAAGAAUAGCAGUCACAAGAAUAGCUUGUGUUCUGUAAAUAUUGUGUAUAAUUAUUAUUCUUCUUACUAGUAUUAGUGAAUUCCUUUUAAAGAAAAUUACUAUAGAAGUAAUAAAUGUAGAAAUGCCUCCUGUUACAUCUCAGCACUUAUUAAGCUGAAAAUAAUUUAUUUUAGGUAAAACCUAGGAAAUUGUAGUGAAUGAGAAUUUCUUCAUUACUUGAACUACAUCAGAAAUUUCACAGUGAAUAGAACUGUAUGAUCUUCAUGAAUGUACAGUUAAGAAUACAGCUGUUGGAGAAUCAGAAAUAUGAAGUGAUUUUUCCAUCUAUGACAUAGCAUCCUCUUGUCUGGCCACAGUUCAAGAUUAAUCACAAACUCUGAAAAAGAUAGCAUAAGAGAAACUACCACUUUGGAAUUUAAGUUAGUGCGUGCCUGUGUGUAAAACUUAUGUAUAAAAUAAAAUAUUCCAUUAUACUCAGUAUAAUUGCUCCAUCUUCAAUUAGUGUUUCUAGUUGGGUCUUUUGACCUAACCCCGCCAGUAGUUUGAUAGUUCAUUUGGUUGUGGCUGCAUAAUUUGGUCAGUUAUGGAAAAUACUAGGGUAUCAACUCAUCAUUCUUAACAUCAGUAUUGGAGGGUGAGUAUAUUUUUUUUGCCCAUGUGAGCCAAAUAUCAGGAUCAUCAAAAAUUCAUGAAAUCUAAGUAUUUCUCUUUUUAAAACUUAAAUCCAACCAAUAAACAUAGAAAGAAUAAUAGGAUUAGAAUCUUUAUUUUCUAGACUGUAGUGAAGUAAUGGGUCCCGAAAAUGAUUUUCAGUGGAUGCUGAAACUAUUAAGUGAAAGAUUUUGUAGAGAAAGUAUCAAGCUGAUCACUUCAGAACACUGGCCAAUUUGAACCUCAAUAAAAAUGGGACUAUCAGACAAUAUGCACCACUUGAUAAAAUACUAUAGGAAGCACACACCACUACAUAUGAAGCCAUAUUGCAAAAAUAACAGGAAUCAUACUUUUAUUUACUUAUUUAUUUUUUGGUACUGGGGAUCAAACUUAGGACCUUGUGCUUGCGAGGCAGGCACUGGAACCAUUGAGCAAAAUCCCUGGCCACAUACUUUUAAAUCAAAUUCUUUAUAACCAAGAAUUUGGGGAAUAGAUGAAUAAAGUAAAUGUUAGAAGGAAGCAGCCAUUUAGAUCCAGAAUAUGUAAAUUUCUGCAGAAAAGUUAACCUGAUUUCAUCAAGUAAUAAGUAGCGUGAAAAAGAAGACAGGCAACUAUUAAUAAUAAAGGAGACAAGAGACAUGACAACUAAAUUCAUUAUGUUAGCAUUUCUUGAACCUGGUUUUAACAAAAUAGAAAAGGACACUUUGGAAAUAGUAGAGGAAAUGUGCACCUGGACUAAGUAUUAAGAUGAUAUUUAGAAAUAAUUUUGUUAAGGAUGAUACCAACAUGGUUACCAAAAAAAAGUCCUAUGUGGUAGAGUUAAUAUACUUACGUUUUUAUGAAAUAAGAUAUGCAGACUUGCAUGUCACUAGAAAAUGAAUUGGCAAAGACGGAAACUAGAUUACUAAAUGUUGGUAAUUACUGAAGUGAAAUUUUUCAUAGUGGUUCAUUGUGCUAAUAUUUCUACUUUUGUAUGUUUGACAUUUCAAUAAUAAAAUUUUCAAAAU